AUGGGCAACAGCAAGAGCGGCGCCGUGUCGAAGGAGAUCCUGGAGGAUCUGAAGCUCAACACCAAGUUCUCAGAGACCGAGAUCGCUCAGUGGUACGAGAACUUCAAGAGGCAGUGUCCAACGGGCCGCAUCUCCAAAGAGGAGUUCCAGAACAUCUACAGUAAGUUCUUCCCAGACAGCGACGCCGACACGUACGCCCAACACGUCUUCCGCUCCUUCGACACCAACGACGACGACUCGCUGGACUUCAAGGAGUACAUCAUCGCUCUCCACAUGACGUCCACAGGGAAGACCACCAGGAAGCUGGAGUGGGCCUUCUCGCUGUUCGACGUGGACAAGAACGGGUACAUCACCAAGGCCGAGGUCAAGGAGAUCUGCACGGCCAUUUUCAAGCUGAUUCCUAAAGACGAGCUGGCCGCUCUGCCCAACGAUGAGAACUCCGCUGAGAAGAGAGCCGACAAACUCUGGAAGUUCUUUGAAAAGGGCGACAACGACCGAGUUGCAGAGGGAGAGUUCAUCAAGGGAGUUAUGGAAAAUGAAGUCGCUCUUCGCUUGAUUCAGUACCAGCCCACGAAGUAA